AUGGACCCGACGGACCCGAGCAAGCUCCGGCUCCGGCCCAAGCCCAAGCUCACCCUCAACAUGCCCCAGCUACCCCCUCGACGGGCAACGACGUCGGCAGUACCUGCCCCCGUGGCCGCGCCCGAGACCGCGGUGCCACUGUACCAGACGCCUGUCCGGUCGGUGGCGGCAACCAGCGAGGCGCGGGCGUCCGGCACGACGUCGCACUUUAAGAAGCCGCCGCUCACGAGCCGUGUGAGCGAGUCAGACGCGCGCUACACGUCCGAGCAGCAAACAACAACAGCAACGACGACGACGUAUGGGAUCACAGACCCGUUGACGCCGGGGAGCCGACUGACACUGGACUCGACCAUGGCACCAGGGCGAAGCAGCGCGUCGACGUACUCGAGCUUCCGCGAGUCUCGCACGGCGACGUUUCCACCGGCGGCGGCGCCCCAAGAGCCGCUGAGCCCGAAUUCGAUGCUGCUCAACACGCUCGACGCCGUGAGCCAAAUGUCGGUGAGCUCGAACAAGGCGCCACAGUUCACGUUCGAGUCCCGGUCGUCGUCGUCGUUAGGGCUUGGCUCGAGCUACAGCCAGAGCAGCGUCGCAACGACCAAGACGCGAACGACGACGAUGCACAUGACGGCAACGUCGGCGGCCUCGAGCGCGCCGUCGCAUGUGUUUCGCCUCGGCACGGGCGACCACGGGCACGGCGGCGACAUCUUCUACCUCUUGACGCGCAUCCGCAUCCGCGCCGGCAACAUCUCGUGUCUUCGCUGCCAUUCGCAAGUCAACGCCAAGACGAACCAGCUCGUGUCGUCCGUGGACGCGGGUGGCGCCGGCUUCGACGCCGACGAGAUCUUUGUGCUCGUCAACGUGACAUUGCGCAGCGACGAAGGGCGCGUCAAGUACACGGACACGGUCGCCAUCUACUGCAUCUCGGGGCCGUCGAAAGGCCGGUUCAUCUCGAUCGAUGGCACGACGAUCACGACCAAGAAGGGCCCGAUCAUGUCCAACGCCGAAAAGUGGCGGCUCGGCGAGAAGGACGAAUUCUUUGGCAAAGAGACGCUGCCGCUCAGCGACGACGCCGACUCGUUCUUGGCGCCCGGUUCGUACGCGCUGCCGUACGUUCUCUGCGUCGAGCACGAGCACGCCGUGAGUCUUCGCGACGUCAAGGACAUGACGGGCUUUGAAGUGUGGGAGAUCACGAAAGCCAACAUCCCGUACGAUCCGCCGUGGAACCGCGACCGGGUUUUCCUCACGGGCGCGUUCAUCCUUGACGCCAAGAGCGACGAAGUCGCGCCGCUCACGCCGCUCACGCAGUGGCCGAACGCGCUCCAGGAGCGCGCGCUCAUCGACGACAUUUUGUACGUGCUCUUGGGCAUCGAAGGCAAGUACAUUCGGCGUAAUGACGCGACGAAAGCCACGACCUCAACUGCGAGCUACCUCAAAAGCUCGGCCUUUGCUCGCGUGCCAUCGCCGUACCUCGACCUCUCGACCGAGAUUUUCGACAGUUUUAGCUUUGGGAUUGACGCCGCCGUGACGGACGCGUCACUGGCCGCGCUCGCGUCCAAGGUGAUUGUGCUCGGCACCUACUACCUCCACGUGACGCACUACAUCGAGACGCGCCGCCGGUACGAGUAUGGCCAAGUGUGCCACGCCUUUUGCGCAGGGCUCAAGGUCCUUUUGCGCGAGUACACGGUCGUCGUCGCACAGCUCGAGCACUUGGCGAUGCGCGGCGACUUGUCGCUCUCGAAGCUCUGGUUUUAUGUGCAGCCGAGUCUGCGCGCGAUGGAGCUCUUGAGCAACGUGGUCAAGUCGAGCGUGGCCCAGCAAGGCGGCGCGCUGCUUAGUGGCAUUGCGCACGUUCCGACGUCUGGGGAUGCCAAGGCCACGUCCGUGCUCAACUUUUUGCUGGAGAAGGCGAGCGCGCCGUACCUCCAAAUGCUCGAGCUCUGGAUCUACCACGGCGAGCUCAAGGACCCGUACGACGAGUUUAUGGUCGCCUCCGACGAGACGCUCCAGAAAGAAGAAGUCAGCGACGAUCCGUGGUCCAAGUACUGGGAGCGCCGGUACACGCUGCGGGCGACGCACGUGCUCACGACCGGCAAAUAUCUCAACGUCUUUCGCACGUGCGGCCGCCACAUCAACUGCCCGUUUGCAGCCACGAUCCCGCACGCCGAGAGCGCGCGCCGCUUUGACGAGCUCGUCGACAAGGCGCACGCGUAUGCAAGCACGCUUCUCGUGGACCUCCUCCUCGAAGAGCAUGACCUUAUGAACCGUCUCCGGUCGAUCAAGCACUACUUCCUCAUGGACCAAGGCGACUUUUUCGUGGAUUUCAUGGACGCGGCCGAGCCCGAGCUCAAUUUGCGCGCCGACAAGCUCUUGGCGUCGCGCCUCGAGUCGCUCUUACACUUGUCGCUGCAGACGUCGACGUGUGCGUCCGACCCGUACAAGGAUGACCUCAUGUGCGUGCUCUCGCCGCACGACCUGAUUUCGCAAAUGGAAGCCAUCCACGAACGGUCGCAAAAGGUCGGUCGCGCGCCGCUCUCGUCGUCGGUUGCCUCGUCGCUCAACGACCCUGGCUACAAGGCGAUUGACGCGCUCACGCUCGACUACAAGGUCACGUGGCCGCUCUCGCUCGUCAUUUCAUCGGGCGCGCUCAACAAGUACCAAAUGAUCUUCCGGCACCUCUUCUUCUGCAAGCACGUCGAGCGGCGGCUCUGCGACGCGUGGCGCAACCACCAGACGACGAAAGAGCUCGGCUUGCGCUCGGCCUUGAUCAAGUCGUACUGCCUCCGCCAGCGCAUGCUCCAUUUCCAGCAAAACUUUGUCUACUACAUGAUGUUUGAGGUGAUUUCGCCGCGCUGGCACGCGCUCGAGACGACGCUCACGAGCGGCAUCGGCUCGGUCGACGACGUUCUCAACACGCACCGCGACUUUCUCGACCAGUGCCUCAAGGAGUGCCUCCUCACGGACCCGGAGCUCCUCCGCGUGCUCACCAAGCUCAUGACGGUCUGCCUCACGUUUGCCAACAGCAUUGACCGCUUCACGCGGCCAUACCGCCUCGACGAAGACGCGAUCCGCAGCGAGCGCGAGGCCGAGCGCGACCGCCGCGCCGACAAGAAGGCCCGCGACGAGGCCGACAUGAUGAUGUCGACCAAAGGCAAGAACAUGCGCAAGAGCUCGGCCGUGCCCCGGCGCAGCUCCAACGUCGACGUGCGUCGCCAGCGCAUUCGAGAACUCUCGGACGACGUGCGGCGCGCGCUCACCGAGUCGGACAUGGGCGAGAAUCCGUUUGUGCGCAUGACCAACGACCUCGAGCUGCAGUUCGACACGCUUCUGGCCGAGUUUAUGCAGCAGCUUCUGCACCGGUCCCACCUCCAGUACAACUCGCACCUCUCGAACCUCUGCACACGCCUCGACUACAACGGCUUUUACACCAACGUAGCGUGA